UGAAAAUGAUCCUUAAAAUCACAUGGCAACCAAUCUUCUCCUCAUUUCAUAGUCCAAAUCCAAACCCCAUUACGAAUUCCUCUCAAAUUUUCCUAUUUCUCAGCUCCCCCACUGACCCCAUCAUUCCUAAACAAGAAAAGUUUUGGUGGGUUUUCCAAAUAAUAUUCCAUUCCACCCAUUUUCCAAAGCCCCCUAUUCUUGAAUUUUCCCUCGGAGCCUUAAGAUUGUCGCCGUCUCAUUUGAUUUGAUCCCCUUUAAAAAAUUCCCUUUGAAAAAUAGUUUCUUCUCCUGAUUUCUGUUUCUGGGUCGGUCAGUUUUGAUCACUUUUUUGAAGGGGUUUUUGUUGGGCUCGAAAGUCGUAGCUUCUUUGUCCCUUUAGAGUCGUGAAAGACCAGUUCGUUUCACGGCUCUUUGAGCUUUGAGAAACCUUUUUUUGGGUCUCUCUCUUUGUUUUGUUGAUCUUAUUGCUCGAACCCAGAAGUUCAAUCGUUGAUUUGUUGGAAGUUUGUGAUACCCAGUUGGAUUUCUACCAUGAUCUGUGCUGUGAAACAAUGUUCUAGGGGCAUCCAUUGCUCUGAUGGUGUUAUUCGGAGCAAAAUCUCCGUUCCCUCUCAGCGAUCCUCGUUUCUUCCACCUCUUCCAGUGCAAAAAGCUCGAAACUCGGCUGUUUCUAUUCAUAAGGCUGUACAUGUUUCUACGCUUGAGAAUUUUGGAUCACUUGGGGUUCGUAAAGCUAAUCUGAUCAAAUGUGAAGCUUACGAGGCUGAGAGAUCGCAGCCAAUCGAAUCGAGCAUUGAGUUGCCGCAAACCCAGGUCCCUUCCGAGGCCGCGAAGAAGGUGAAAAUUGGAUCCUACUUCGCUCUUUGGUGGGCUUUGAACGUGGUUUUCAAUAUCUAUAACAAGAAAGUGUUGAACGCUUACCCAUAUCCAUGGCUGACCUCGACUCUGUCGCUUGCUGCCGGAUCUCUGAUCAUGUUGAUCUCAUGGAUGACGAGAAUUGCCGAGGCUCCCAAAACGGAUUUGGAGUUUUGGAAGUCCUUGUUCCCUGUUGCUGUUGCCCAUACAAUUGGACAUGUUGCUGCAACCGUGAGUAUGUCAAAGGUUGCAGUUUCAUUCACUCACAUCAUCAAGAGUGGUGAACCUGCUUUUAGCGUAUUGGUUUCGAGGUUCUUGUUGGGUGAGACCUUCCCGCUUCCUGUCUACUUGUCGCUCCUCCCGAUCAUCGGUGGGUGUGCUCUCGCUGCUGUGACCGAGCUCAACUUCAAUAUGACGGGUUUCAUGGGUGCCAUGAUAUCAAACUUGGCAUUUGUAUUCCGCAACAUAUUUUCGAAGAGGGGCAUGAAGGGAAAAUCUGUUAGCGGGAUGAACUACUAUGCAUGUUUAUCGAUUUUGUCUCUGUUACUCUUGACACCAUUUGCAUUUGCCGUGGAAGGACCACAAUUGUGGGCUGCUGGAUGGCAAACGGCAGUUUCUCAAAUUGGACCUCAUUUUGUUUGGUGGGUUGCAGCGCAAAGUAUAUUCUACCAUCUCUAUAAUCAGGUGUCUUACAUGUCCUUGGAUGAGAUUUCUCCCUUGACGUUUAGCAUUGGAAAUACCAUGAAACGUAUAUCGGUCAUAGUUUCUUCCAUCAUCAUCUUCCGCACACCUGUGCAGCCAGUCAAUGCUCUCGGAGCUGCCAUUGCAGUUCUUGGAACCUUCAUAUACUCGCAGGCAAAGCAAUGAAGAGAGAAGAAACGAACCACAAAUUUAGGUUUACGAUAAUGUAGCAUUAAUGUAUCGGAGAGGGAGGUAUGUCUCAUAGUACAUUUGAGGCAAAAAAGAAAAGGGAAAAAAGCAACAAAGAAGGCGAAGAAAGAGAAGCCAAUGAGGUCGUUUCGGAAUAUUUAAGACUCAAAAUUUUUAUUGUAAUGAAGCAGGAGCAAGCAGCUCUCUUGUUGUAGAUAUAAAUAAUGUUUAAAUUUAUAAGUUUCUAUAUGGGUGGGUUAAGUAAGUUAUUAAGCAUUUUGUUGCAGCUUCUUUGUUUGAGAAGAUGAGGAAGGAAGAAAAGGGGGUUUGAAGGAAUGGAAGGAGGGAAAUGGUUUUUAAUAUAUAAUAAUGACAAGAGAACACCUUGUCUUUUGUCUCCUUUGCCUAUUUGAUUAUGAAUCAUAAAUUAUUAUGUGGACCUCU